CUUACUAUGGACGAUUGUCAAUGUGCCGGGUCGUUUGAUCGGCCGCCUUGCUCCACUAUUAAUACACGUUGGCUCAACUUCAAAACACAUGAGGACUUGUCAGGGCUCAUCUUCAACCGAGCAUCGGCAUCGAGACUCCUCGGGCUUGAGAAAGACCAACAAACGGAUAUACCAGGGCCGUAUAAGCAAUUCACUCUCUUUUCUAAAUUACCUUUCGAGCUCCGCCUCAAGGUCUGGGGUUUCGCGCUCUCAGUACCGCGUCUCAUAGUGGUAUCUUAUACGUCGGUGACAGGAGAGGACGACCGACGUGUAUUUGUUGAUACUCCACCAUUGCCAUCAUGUCUUUCAGCCUGCCAAGAAUCACGCGCAGAGGCACUGAAAACCUACGAAAAAUGCACAAUUACGAGUGUUCCAGGCUCCCCAACGACAUAUAUCAACUUUGCCAAUGAUCAGUUUCUACUUGGCGGGCCCGACUCAGACCUGGAUAUGGAUUAUCUGAUGUCUAUCACUGCACCUGGAAAUUCUCACAAGGUCCGUUUUCUACAUGUAUCUCGUGGCUGCUGGAAAGGGUUCGCGUUAUGGACGCAUCUACGAGAACUCUUUACGGGCCUCGAGGAGCUGACGAUCAGUUUCCCGAAUGGCGCUGCCUUGCUUCCUUAUACUCACGAGUGCUGGUACGGUGCGUUGAGCCGCUCUAAUAAAGAAAUUGUGGUGAGGAGCGAGCUUUAUGAGAUCGAGGACGAGAACGAGGAGGUUCGGGUAUGGCAGCCUUCAUUUAGGCUACACAUAGUUCAUUAUGACAGCCCCCCUAUAAAGGGCAAGUAUUAGCUGGAAUCCUGAGCAUUGAAUGCCAAGAACUUAAGGUGGGCGAGGUGUGCAGAGCUCUCAUCUCAUAUGUUGGAACUAUAUUUGUUCUCAUAGUGCCUGAAACGCCUCCAGGAAACGCUUCCAUGGUGUCUGUACAGACAGUCCUUUUCAAUGUCUCACCUUUCUGAUGACCCGAUGCAACUAUCAACGAGAGAACUCUUUGGAGCCUACCACCUAUUCCAAGGCCGCUGGCAAUAUGUAAAUAUCUAGCAUCUGGAACAUCCAUCUAGAUAGUCGGAAACUCAGGAUGCUGAUCUGCUCAGGGGUCAACGGAGAUCAGCCGUCACCUCAGAUAUCCAAGAACAAACCAGACAUAUGAUACUUUCUACGCAGUAUUACAGUGCUUCCCCAAUGCAGAA